AUGGUGUCGGCUUGGCUGCAGAAGGUAGCCUCUCGAUCCCACAAAUACGAGAUCGUGGCCAUCGUGAGACGAACGUCGUCGGCAGAGACUCUGGGAACGAAGUCGGUGACGCCCACAGCUGGAGCAGACCUUUCACGAGAUUCAUUAGCGGCCGGGAUGUCGGAUCUGGACGCAUCUGGGGCCGCCGGAGGAGUGGGAAGCGGAGCAUACCACCCGCGAUCUGGCGAUCUAGAUGGCGAGUCUCGGGAUGGAGACGAGGGUCUGGUCGGCUGUCGAUCUGGCGAUCCUGUGGGGAUUGUGGGCGAUCCGGUUGGGCCUAGAUGGCGCGGAGACCCAGGCCGAUCGGGGACCGCUGGGGUGUGUCCUCCGAGAUCGGGCGAUCCGGGCGACAGGUCGCGAUCCGGAGACAGAAACAUGGUGGGUCCUUCUGAUGAUAUCAGCGAGGGGGCGGUUGUGGCAAAGUCACUACUCAAAUUUUGUACGAGGAUCGGUGGCCACACCUUUAAAGCGCCGCUUACUGGUGGAAAAGGAGGCCAUGAGACUCGGCGAUCCAAUACGGAGGUGGAAGAUGAUCUUAACGGGAUCGGCGAACCGGUCCAACUGUCGUUAGACUAA